UUACACUAUCUACCGCUGUGUUAGACUAGCUAAUAGCAGCGGUAGUUAAUCUGUCACAGCGAACAUUUGAAAUAUUUUAUAAAUAUUCCAUUUCCGAAAAAAGAAAAAAAAAUAUUCCAUUUCCUGCAGUGGGUGACGUAAUCACGUAUUUGGGCGAGGCUUCUAGCAGUCAGCUGACGUGAACCAGGCGGUCAUGUGACUCCGCAAACGGUAACAACAAAGAUGGCUGCUGCAGAAACAGCGGGGACCGGCCGAGUUUUCGUGAUUUUAGUCGUUGUUUUUAGUUUGUGUGAAAGUUUGUUCAGCGGAGGAGAUUCUUACAAAAGAGAGCUGACUGUGACGUUGUACCCCAACUCGACGCCCUCUGGCGGUGAGCUCCUUCACGUGAAAGCUGUGGGCGGAAAUGACACAUUGCACUUCCUGUUCUGCAGCCAGGGGGCGCCAACAUUGCUGAUGGUUCACACCAACUCUUCUUCAUCUACUGUCAAGGUGAACUGGACUGAGUUUUUGGCUCGUAAUACCAGCGGCAGCCUGACAGUGGAGCCGCAGAGCAGCGUGCUGUACAGCACCGCCGUUGUCUUUAGCCGGCUGUUGGAGUACGAUGAUGAAAACGACACGGCCGAAGCGAAGUCCAACUUCUUCCCCGCCUACGAGCUGAAGGACUUCAUCUGGACUCAGAUGAACCUGUCCGAUUCCACGGCAACGUUGUGCGGGUCUCCCCCACGGUCCGGCAAAGGGUCACUCUGCCUGCAGUUGUCUGUGUUUGGCUCAGAGGGGCGUGUUGACCUUUGCCCCCGCCUCCUCCAUUCUGCUAACUCCUCCCAGUUGGAGGUGUGGAUCAAUGGCCUGCCGCCCCGCUCCAAUACGUCCAGGUUCAUGUUGGAGCUGGAGGGGGUGGGCGGGGCUUAUCCACUGAGCAUGAAUAGAGUUGACGUUCGCAAGUUCAUCGACGACGAAUACGCACCUUCAAUAUUCCAGGUAUCUCUAUGGGUGUCUUCACCGAACAACGACUCGGACAUACUGGGUUUCGUCCAGUGGAAGCCAGUGGCGUACCGGAAGUCCCAUCCGAGCCUUGAGGACGCAACGCCAUGCCGUAACUCCGAUCCACAGCAGCAGAACGGGAACUCGACAUCAGCUUCUUCGGCUCUGAUUAAAGCUUUUUACUCCGACCCAGUAGCCAUGGGAAUGAACGUUAGCUUCGGCAUAGCUGGAGAACCUUACUACAACAGCACCAUGUUCCUCAGCUGGACGAUGCUGAUGGGCGUCGGCUCCCCUCCCGUUGACUCGAUCUCCCCGAUGGUGAUCGGCAUCUUAACGGCUGGUCUGGGGAUUCCCAUCGUCCUCCUGCUGGGGGGCGGAGCUUUCAUCUUAAUAGCGAAGAAGCGGGAAUCCUCAGGCUAUGAGCCAAUCAACUGACAGCACAGUUCCAGCCAAUGGGAUGUUGGGACUCUUUUUUUUAAGCUUUGGAUGACAUCACUGAUGAUUCAGCCAAUCGAGAAGUGGUUAGUUUAAUAUUUCAGCGAUAACUCAGAUCAGUUUCAGUCAGUAGAUUAAAUUGGCAGCAAGCAGAAAAUUGUUUUAAGCAAGCAUGACCGAGAUUCAAAAGCAUCUAUUCUAUAUAAAUAAAAUCUACUUUCAUUCUUUUUUAUAUAAAAAUGUAUAGAUAUUUCAUAUAAUGUUGAGAUUUUGAAGCAAAAUAAUCAUUUUGUAUCUCAGGUUUGGCCUCAAACUAGAAAGCUACUGAUUACGCAACAUAUUUAUUUUAUUACAUAUUUUUUGUUUGGUUUGUUAUAAACCUGGAGGAAACGUUGCUUACUCCACAAAAGCACAAAAAUAUUACCAGGUAUUUUAGUGUAGUUUCUAGUGCAAAUAUCUGACUACAUUUGAACUUUGAAGAUAAAACUAACUUGCAAGUAACUUUUAAGCAAAACAUAGGAGUUUGUAAUAAUAGAAUAAUUCCUUAAUAUUGAUGAAAAGGUUGCAGUUGCAAGAAAUUUUUGACUUAAAACAAGCUUCUGUAUCUUGCUAAAAAGUUACUUGUAAGUUAGUUUUGUCUUUUCAAGUGUACAAAGAUAUUUGCACUAGAAACUAGACCUAAAAUACUAAAUGUAUUGUAGAUAUAAAUAAAUGUAUCUAAGUUGUUGUUGGCUUGAGCCUGAACUUCACAUAUUCUGACCUAAAUUGCAUCAACCAAUCAGGACUCACCAUGAAAUCACCGAGAAUUUAUUUAGGACAUGACCACAAACCUCAUUGUGAGCUUUUAACUGUAUUAUUUUUUUUUUUUAAUUUAUGUUAUCUUUGUAUUUUGCGGAUUUAAGAUUUUGUUCAUUCGAUGUGGAGCUGCUCAGCAGCUUGGUCUUCAAAUCGUUUUGCUACAAUAAAAAGUGGAACGUGUUAUUUCA